CGGAGAGGCACCACAGCACCAGCUUUGCCACUCAAAAAGCUAUCCUGCUUCUUUUUUUGUUGAUAGCUGCUCGUUAUAUCUCAUGUGGAAGAUGAUCUGAAACUGAGAACAAAUACUAGCAUCUCUAUUCAGGAACACGAAAUCAACUUCCUGAGCCCUCGGCAGCUCAGCUGCCACACAGAGCACAGGAAUCUACAGUAGUCUCUGUGAUGGUUUCCACCAUGAAGUGCAGCAGGGUGACAUUACACGAGCCCCAUAACGGAGACUACAGGAGUCCUAUGAGAAUUGCCCCUCGCAGGAACUCUAUUCCCCCAACAAAGGCUCUCACAGCCAAACAUCUCCUGGCAUACCCUAGACCACCCCCAGAGUCAACGCGCUUUACCCCAUAUCCAAAGAAGGUUGUAGCAAAAACCAACAUGGCCGUGAUGAUGCUCCACUCCAGAAGAGCCUCUCUCUUCCCCAGCACAAAUAACAACUUCCCAGCUCUCCCACCCCAGCUAGUCCCCUUUGCAUCCCCCCAGUCACAUCCCAAGAGCCCAGCCCCCCAUACGGUUGUUGCAGGAUUGAUCAGCCGGGAGGUAGACACCGGCCAGUACAUCAUUCCCACUGAGGAGCCAGAGGAGCCUGUCACUGCUCAUCAUGCUCACCGCAGACGCCACCUCAAGCGCUUCAGCUCCAGGUGGUACUCAGGCGCUCCUUCUGGUGGCCCCUUUGAUAGCACCCAUAGUCCCAACCAAGGCACAAGUGGUGAGAACCGGCCCCACAUGCCACGCUGCAAACUUCUAGGUGAAGGGAGGCCAAAUUACGGUACCGCCAACAAGCAGCGUCAACGCUACGUCACCAAAGACGGGAAGUGCCAGGUGAACCUGGGCCCCAUCGAGGACAAGAGCCGUUUCCUCUCGGACAUCUUCACCACUCUGGUGGACCUGAAGUACCGCUGGUUCCUCUUUGUCUUUACCAUGUGCUACAUUGUUACGUGGGUGGCCUUCGCAGAGAUCUACUUCCUAGACGCCUGGCUGAGGGAUGACGUGGCCCAUGUCCAUGACCCGCAAUGGCAGCCCUGCUUCGAGAACGUGGACAGUUUCAUCUCCGCCCUGCUUCUGUCGGUGGAAAGCCAGAGGACCAUUGGCUACGGCUCCAGAUUGGUGACGGCCAACUGCAUGGAGGGAGUGGUUCUGCUCAUGGCCCAGUCUAUCAUUGGCUCAAUCAUUGACGCCCUCAUGGUCGGCUGCAUGUUCGUCAAAAUCUCCAGGCCUCAGAAAAGGGCCCAGACUCUGAUCUUCAGCAAACACUGUGUCAUAUCGGAGCGUGACGAGAAACUCUGCCUUCUCUUCCGCAUUGGAGACCUGAGGGCGAGUCACAUGGUGGACGCCAAGAUUCGAGCCAAGCUUAUUAAGUCCAGACAGACCAAGGAAGGGGAGUUCAUACCACUGGAGCAGUCAGAGAUCAACCUGGGCUACGAUACCGGAGGAGACAGGCUUCUGUUGGUUGAGCCUCAGACCAUCACCCAUGUCAUCAAUGAAAGCAGUCCCUUCUGGGAAAUAGGGGCUGAGCGUCUGACAAGGGAGAGAUUUGAGAUCAUCAUCAUUCUGGAGGGAAUCGUGGAGGCAUCAGGUAUGACAUGCCAAGCCAGAACGUCCUAUACUGAGGAGGAGAUUCUGUGGGGCCACAGAUUUGAAUCCUGCAUGUCUCUGGAAAAAGGGUCUUACCGGGUGGACAAUGGUGCAUUUGAUAAAACCUUCCCAGUACAUACCCUCACCCUUAGUGCUAAAGAGAAGAGUGAUGAAAAAGAAGAUGAGGUCCUCUUUUAGAUCAGUACUAUACACACUGAGUAAACAGCCCUUGUAUUAAUGGAAUUUCAAGGCCAAUACUUGUGAAUGCCUAAGUUUCCCUCUUUAAAAUUAACUUUCCUGUUGUCUUUAAUAUUGUGGACAAACAUUCUCCAAGAAUUACAUAUUGACAUGCUAAUCUACAGUGCAUUCGGAAAGUAUUCAGACCCCUUGACUUUUUCCACAUUUUGUUACAUAACAGCCUUAUUCUAAAAUGUAUUAAAUUGUUUUUUCCUCCCUCAAUCUACACACAAUACACCAUAAGGACAAAGCAAAAGUUGUUUUUGUCAAUUUGUAAAUAUCACAUUUACAUAAGUAUUUAGACUCUUUACUAAGUACUUUGUUGAAGUACCUUUGACAAAGAUUACAGCCUAGAGUCUUCUUGGGUAUGACGCUACAAGCUUGGCAC